AUGUUUAUCAAGACCCAAUGCUCUAGUUGGGUUGAUGGCUCGCCCAAAUCUCGGGCUCGGUUGUACAGAGAGAAGUGCGCAGCGAGUAAGGAUUUUGUGAACCAGGGUGGGCUCCCGAGAAAAGCUUUGUUCUCGGCUGUCGAUGCAAGCCUUCGGCGUCUAGGCGUUGAGUAUAUCGACUUGCUCCAGAUCCAUAGUUUUGAUUACAACACGCCAGUUGAAGAGAUCAUGGAACCAUUGCAUGAUCUUGUUAACAGCGACAAGGUACGGUAUAUUGGGGCUUCUAGCGUCUGGACAUACCAAUUCGCAAUGAUGCAGUUCUGUGCAGAGAAGAAUGGAUGGACAAAAUUUAUCAGCAUGCAAAACCACUAUAACCUGCUUUGCCGAGAAGAGCGGGAAAUGAAAAAAUUCUGCAACGAGACUGGCGUCGGUCUCAUUCCAUGGGCGCCUCCUUGCAGAGGCUACAUUGCGCGACCAGUCUCGUCACCACAACCCUCAGAUCGCACUGCGGUGGAACUAAAAAUGGGGAGGAUCCUAUCCGUUGGGCAGACGGAGACUGACCAUGCCAUUAUUAAUCGAGUGGAGGAGAUAGUACAGAAGAAAGGAUGGAAAAUGAGUACAGUUGCUUUGGCGUGA